AUGGCCCGUUUCUUCCGGACGACGGCCGUCGCGACCGUCCUCGCCGCGUUCGCCGACCAUGCCAUUGCCGCAGCGGUUACCGGACCGUCAUCAAAUUGCCCAGCACGCUUUCCCUGGGAGGACUCCAUCCUGACCGACGCCGACGUUGCAGCAAGCGGUGACCCCGCACGAUUCGCCUUUGGCGACGAUAUCACCGACGACAACCUCAAACAUCGUCACCGUGGCGGCGCCGAGCCUGCAGACUGCCGCGCGUUCCCCGGCAACCCUUCCUGGCCCUCAGCCGCUACCUGGUCGCUGCUCAACACCACCCUCUCGGGCACCCUCCUCCAAACCGUCCCGCUCGCCGCUCCCUGCUAUGCCGACUGGCCGGCACAAUACGAUGCAGCUGUCUGCGCCAACCUGACGACCAACUGGGGUGACCCGUACCUGCACAUCGCCGACCCAACCUCGGCCAUGUUUCCGCUCUUCCAGGGGCUGACAUGUCUCCCGACUGACAACCCGACGGGGGGAAACUGUACGCUGGGUGGUUUUGCGUCGUACUCGGUUGCGGCGAAGGAGACGAGGCAGAUCCAGCUUGCGGUGAACUUUGCGAGGAAUGAGAAUUUGAGGUUGGUGGUGAAGAAUACGGGGCAUGAUUUUGCGGAUAAGAGUAUUGGUGCCGGCGCGCUGUCGGUGUGGACGCAUGGGUUGAAGGAUAUCGAGUUUGUGAGCGAUUACAGCUGUCAGGGGUAUAGCGGGCCGGCGUUUAAGCUGGGCAGUGGUGUGAUCACGGAUGAGAUCUACGCAGCGGCCGAGGAGCAUGAAGUUACGGUCGUCGGGGGCGUGUGUCGGACUGUUGGCAUCGCCGGUGGUUAUAUCGCCGGCGGCGGCCACUCGCCCAUGGCUCCUCUCGUCGGCAUGGGGGCCGACCAAGUUCUUUCGAUGGAGGUUGUGUUGCCCAACGGUCGGUUUGUGUCAGCAAGCGCGGACGAGAACCCUGACCUGUUCUGGGCACUUCGCGGCGGUGGUGGCAGCACUUACGGUGUGGUCACAUCGGUGACUAUCCGGGCGUAUCCCAAGAUCCCCGUCACGACCAUGACUUUCUCGUACGCCACGAGUGAAAACCUCACGGCUGACACGUUCUUUGACGGUCUCGGUGCCUAUAUGAAGUACUUCGAUACCUUCAGCUCCGCCGGGGCCUAUGGCUACUUCUUCGUCGCCCAGAUCGCCCCGGAGCAAUAUGUCUUCAGCUUCUUCCCCAUGUGGGGUGCCAACUACACCAAGCCCGAGUUCACUAAGCUCGUCACGCCAUACCUCAACGACCUCGCUGACCUCGGCAUUCCCAUUGAACCCAUCAUCACCGAGUACCCAUCACACUACCAGGCCUUCCUCGGCCAGUUCCCCGCGGAGAGCGUCGGCGGGUACGACAACCAUGCCGCCUCGCGGCUGUUCCCCAAGGACAACUUCAAGGACCCAGCCAAGCGUGCGGAAACUCUGGCCGCAGUGCGCUACGCCAUCGAGGACGGCGGCGUGCUAGUCGGGUACAACAUCCGCGCGGCGGUCAACCCAGCAGCCAACCAAGACAACAGCGUCAACCCAGCCUGGCGCGAGGCCACAGGCUUCUUUAUUCUGGCCGUAGCGUGGGGCAAGGACGCGACCGACGAGGAGAUCGCCCAAGCGAGCGAGAAGCUGACGACCGACUGGAUGGGCCGCUGGCGAGCGGUGUCGCCGGGCGCCGGGUCGUACAUGUCGGAGGGGGAUAUCAACGAGCCGGAUUUCCAGCAGGCGUUUUAUGGGACCCAUUACCCACGGCUGCGGGCACUGAAGGAGAAGUAUGAUCCGACGAGUCUGUUUUAUGCGCCCACUGCUGUUGGUUCGGAGGACUGGUACAUCACGGACCAGAUUGAGUGGUUUCCGAAGCAGACUGGGCGGCUUUGUCGGAAGAAGUCUUCUUAG